AUUACUAGAAAAAAGUAAGAAAAUUGAGAGAGAGAUUAUGGGUCGUGGAAAGAUUGAGAUCAAGCUGAUCGAAAACCAGACCAACAGGCAGGUGACCUACUCCAAGAGAAGAAAUGGGAUCUUCAAGAAGGCUCAGGAGCUCACCGUUCUCUGUGAUGCCAAGGUCUCCCUCAUCAUGCUCUCCAACACUAGUAAAAUGCACGAGUAUAUCAGCCCUUCCACUACGACCAAGAGUAUGUAUGAUGACUAUCAGAAAACUAUGGGGAUCGAUCUAUGGAGGACACACUACGAGUCUAUGAAAGACACCUUGUGGAAGUUGAAAGAGAUCAACAAUAAGCUGAGGAGAGAGAUCAGGCAGAGGUUGGGCCAUGAUCUAAAUGGUCUGAGCUAUGACGAUCUCCGUUCUCUUGAGGAUAAGAUGCAAUCUUCCUUAGAUGCCAUACGUGAAAGAAAGUACCAUGUGAUCAAAACUCAAACGGAGACCACCAAGAAGAAGGUUAAGAACUUGGAGGAAAGAAGAGGAAACAUGCUGCAUGGCUAUUUUGACCAGGAAGCUGCCAGUGAGAAUCCACAAUAUUGUUAUGUGGACAAUGAGGGAGACUAUGAAUCUGCACUUGUAUUGGCAAAUGGGGCAAAUAACUUGUACACUUUCCAGCUCCACCGCAACUCCGACCAGCUCCACCACCCUAACCUCCACCACCACAGAGGAAGUUCGCUCGGCUCCUCCAUCACUCAUCUACAUGAUCUCCGCCUUGCUUGAUCGUGAUCCGAGAGAUGAUUAAUCGCCACUAAGUUUUAUAUUAAGGUCACUUAUAAUUUUAUAUAUAUUCCUCAGAGACUUAACUGCUUAUGUUCUAAAGUGUUUUUUUAGUGAUGAUCUUUAGGCACUUGGAUUACCUCUAAAAACAUAUGCAUAAAUAUAUCUGGGAUGUUUUAUUUAAUAAUAACACUAAGACAAGAAUCUAUGGCCUGAAAGUAAUAAUAUUAUGAACACUUCCGUGCCCUUCUUGCUUGUUGGUUUGUUUGUAUAAUACUUCUAUUCUAUAUAUAUCAUGGCUGACACUGUUUUGGUA